GAUAGAAGUUUGAAGCGGGUGUCCAUACAUUUUAUUAGGGCUUGUACAUCAUUUUUGAGGAAGCCACUUUUUGUUUCUCAGCUCCCAUGGAUUCCUUGUUAGCGAACUAUGCUUCCUCCGACGACGAAGGGGAAGCCGAAGAAGUCUCUCGUCCUAUUUCUACUUCCAAGCUCUCUUCUCUCUCCACAAAUCUUCCUCCCCCCAAAUCCUCCUCGUUCUUCUCCUCACUUCCUCCUCCCCGAAUUGCCACCUCUUCUUCUCCUUCUUCCUCUUCCCCUUUGUUUUCUUCUAUUCCCCCUCCCAAAUCUCAGUUUCCCAACCACUCUCUAGAUGAUUAUAAGAGAGAAGAUGAUGGAGGAAAGCCCUACAGGAAACUGCCGUCCUCCUCCAUCUUCUCUUCUCUGCCGCCACCCAAAACUUCCUCCUCUGCCACUUACUCCUCGCUCCCCGCCCCUAAAUCUCAAUCGGGAAAUCCUUCCAACAAACCAUCAUUAGAUCAAAACGCUAGAAAGGUCGUUCCUUUCACCAUUCCAUUGAAUCCUUCAAUGCUCAAAUCACAUGAUCCUGAUGAGGAGGAGGACGAGGAGAUGAUAAGAAAAGUCAGAAAGGAUGCUCCGCCUUUGUCCGCCCCAAAAGCGCUCUCUUCAAUGCUUCCUGCACCGAAAAACUCUAUCUGUCUAGCUCCGGCUCAAUCCAUGGGUGUGUUGAGGAGAUCCAGCUUGCAAACGGAUGCCCUUCCUCUGAAUUUUCAACAGGAAUCGAAAGCAGAGAAAGAAGAAGGCAGUUUUGCAAACUAUUCUACGUACCGUGCAGAGCAAGGCGUGGUUACUGGCUAUGAGAUCUAUGGGAGUUAUAGUGCAGGACAGGGAGUUAAUGAUUAUGAAAAUUUCACCAAUGAUGAUCGAAAUUGGGCUGGCGGAGCAGUGAAUCCUGUGGCCAUUACCUCUGUGGAUUCAACUUAUGUAAGUAUUCCUGCAAUAACUGGGAGCGAGCAGGAUAAUGAGAACAAUUUUGGUUACAGAAGUUACAUGGAUAACUGGUCCAAUGUUUCUGAAGGAGCAACAACAUCUGGGAUUCCUGAUAUUGGGAGAAUCGCAGGUAAGAGAGGAAGAACAGAUAUUCCAACAGAGAUCGUGGAGGUGAAGCAGGAUGAGUUGAUGAAGAACAGACCCAGAGAGGACCAGGUUAAAUCGACCGGAAUUGCUUUUGGACCGGCCUAUCAGCCGACUCCUUCGGCGAAGGGCAAACCCUCAAAACUGCAUAAAAGGAAGCAUCAGAUUGGUUCAUUGUACUAUGACUUAAAGCAGAAAGAGAUGGAACUGGCAGAGCGGCGUUCCAAGGGUCUUUUAACGAAGGCAGAGACGCAGGCCAAAUACGGCUGGUGAAUGGGGUUUAUACUUGAAUUUAUGGUAUGUUCUGUUUCAUCAUCUUGGAUAAAUGUAUCGAUAGAAAGAAUUUAGGCAGGAUAU